AUGAGUGGCUUCCAGCUCUCCCUUUUGGCCGUCGUGCUAACUGUCUGGUCGGCUGUUGGAGACCAGGAGGCAUCCCCUCCUGUCGAUGGAGCUCCGCCUUCAAAAAUAGCGGUGGUCGGAGCGGGAAUAGGCGGCAGCGCUACGGCCCAUUUCUUGCAACAACACUUUGGCCCAGAGGUGCAGGUGGACGUGUUUGAGAAGGAUGAAGUUGGAGGCCGACUCGCCACCGUAACUGUCAAUCACAACGACUACGAGUCUGGAGGCUCCAUCAUUCACUCCCUUAACCUCCACAUGCAGGAGUUUGUCAAACAGUUAGGCCUGAGGCAUCGCCGUAACGUGCCAGGAAAGACAGCAGUUUUUAACGGAGAGGAUGUGAUUUUGGAGGAGACGGAUUGGUACCUGUUAGACCUGUUCCGUCUGUGGUGGCGCUACGGGAUCAGCUUCAUACGCCUGCAGAUGUGGGUGGAGGAGAUUAUGGAGAAAUUUAUGAGGAUCUAUAAGUAUCAAGCCCACGGCUACGCAUUCAGCUCCGUGGAGGAGCUGCUGAACUCUCUGGGAGGCAGUGGCUUCAUCAACAUGACCAGGAGGCCGCUGUCCGAUUCGUUGCUGGAGCUGGGGGUGUCGCAGCGCUUCAUUGACGAAGUCAUCGCGCCCAUUAUGAGGGUCAACUAUGGGCAGAAUGUCAGCAUCCCCGCUUUUGUAGGUGCUGUUUCUUUAGCUGGUGCCCAGAACAACCUGUGGGCAGUGGAAGGAGGCAACAAGCUCAUGUGUUCUGGUCUACUGAGGAUGGCCAACGCUAACCUGCUGAAGGCACGGGUCCAGUCCAUCUCCCCCAUCCACUCAGGCGAGGCGCUGCAGUACCAGCUGAACUUCACCACAGCAGCAGGAGCAGGAUCAGAGCUGUACGACAUCGUAGUGUUGGCAACUCCGCUCCAGGACGGUCUUGGUUCUGGACUCGAGUUUCUAAAUUUCACGCCUCCCUUCGAUCUGAUGCCCGGCAGCUACCACAGCACCGUAGCAACGAUCGUCCAUGGUUACCUCAACACCUCUUUCUUUGGUUUCGCCGACCCCCGCCUGUUUCCGUUCGCCAGUGUCCUGACGACCGAGACGCCCACUCUGUUCUUCAACAGCGUGGCCAGCGCUUGUCCUGUCAACAUCUCUGCAGGGUUCCGGCGCAAGCAGCCACAAGAGGCUGGAGUCUACAAGGUGUUUUCAUCCCAGCCGCUGGACAAGUCUGAGCUGAAAACACUCUUCAGGUCAGUCAAGUAA